AUAGCUUUCGUCGGUAAAGUGUGCGGAACAAACGUCCAAUUUCUUGCCACUUUCGCAUCUUUGGGCCACUGGUGCAACUUGAAUCCAUCCCUGUCCGUGUUGUUACACCCUCCGACAACACACCGACGAGGCAUGAUGUCUCCAAGGUACGGAAAACAGUCGAAAAAACGGAAAAUAACAGAGCUGAUUUGACUCGGUGUUUGAGAAAAUGGCGGAUUGCUUCCGAGAGCGAAUAUUAGAAAGGCGUUUAAUUCGCCAAAAUUCACCCAUUUAGAGUUCGGAAAUUGGUAAAAAAAAAAAAAUGGUGUUUUUUCUGCAACAUCAAGGUAUGUAUUGACGCUUACAUAGGUCUGGUGAUAAUGUUCGCCUUUAACAACACCGCAUCCUUGAUUAUUAGUCCUGUAGCUAAAUAAGGAAAGUGAAGCAAAACUACAGUAGAAUUGUGUGACUGAUAACGAGGACAUGGAUACAGUGUUUUCAAUAUAAGCACUAUUUAAUUGGUCUAAAGCAUUUAUGACAGCUAAUCAGGCUUAGUGAAUCUGGGUCAACUCCCGUGUGUGUACACUUCACCGUCGCUCCAUCGCCCUUACGUCUACUUUGCUUUACUUGACUUGUUCAUUGGACUCAAUUCGUGUCAAUCAAGCAGACGGGUGAGUGUUCCAUUUCAAACUUACACUUGAGAAUAGGCUGAUGCGGUUCUCCCGGUCCAGGAUGCAGACCUUGACCCAGCAUGUCCCCUUCCCUCGGGCCGCUUACUCCCAAGCCCGGGAAAACCUGGUGAAGGCCAUCCCGCCCAAACUCCUCUGCUUGCUGGCCUGCGGGGGACUAGACUGUCGUUACGAAGGACCAGAGUGUUGGAAAGCAAGCCAGCAGGUCAUCCGUGGCAUUUUCUCCUCAUGGGUGACUGAUGACAUCAUCGCUAUGGCACGGCCGUCCACGAGCUUGAUUGAAAAGUUCAACAUUAUACAACAAUUUCAGAGAUUAAAUAUAAGAUCCAUCAUAAACAUGCAAGUACCUGGCGAACAUGCGCACUGUGGACCCCCUUUGGACCCUGGAAGUGGCUUCACAUACCUGCCGCAGAUCUUCAUGGAGAAUGACAUUUAUUUCUACAACUUUGGGAUGCCAGAUUUCGGCGUGUCCUCCCUCGUCGGCAUCAUCGAUGGCGUAAAGGUGUUGGCAUUCGCCGCGGGGGAGGGAAGGGUUGCUGUGCACUGCCACGCCGGUCUGGGCAGAACAGGUGUCCUAAUAGCCUGCUACUUAGUCUACACUUUGCGGAUCAGUCCCAGUGAGGCCGUGCACUACGUCCGCAUCAAAAGGCCGCGCUCCAUCCAAACGCGAGCGCAGAUCAGUCAGGUGUUUGACUUUGCCCGCCUGCUUGGUACACAACUGCUUCAGUACCCGGACCUCGGCUUACGACACGGAGCCCCCGUCACCCUGCAGCACUACCUCAACCGCCAGGCUCUACUGCUGCACGGCCAGGAGGCACGCAAGCUCAAAUACACACCCAAGGUGGUCUACCUCCUGUGUGUGCGCCUCUCCUGCCUGGCUCUGGCGCUCCCUACAGCUCCAGAGAUUGAUGCUGAAUUAGAGAAGAGGUCCGCACUGAGGAUCUUGAGCAGGACCGUGAGGGAAACGCUGGUGUCCAAACAGCAUCUGCCCUUGCUGAGGGAGCAUCACAAUCUCCCACGGCCUGGCUCGGGCGCCGUGUCCUCCUGGGAUGAGCCGCUGGGGUCCUCAGGGAGGAAGAGAGAUUUGCUGCUCAACAAACGCAGCUACAGCGACUCUGACCUCGGCAAGAUUGCGGUAAAUCCGGACAUCUCUAGUAAUCUGAUCUGGAGACGAGUCCACAGUGCUCCUACUUUUGAGAAUGAGGGUCACUGGUGUGCACAGGAUGUGAAAGGACAAGAUCGGAGACCAUUUAGCUCCAGGACACUUUUACCAGAUGUGAUCCACAAGAACCACGCUCACACACGCAAUAUGCAACCAAACGGCACCUUUGCCAAGAGGUCAAGGUGCACGGUCAGAAAGGCUCUACCCAAAUAUAGCUCCAACACUGAGUUGUGCAGGAACUGGCAUGAUGUGGGCACAACCCGUGUGGCCCGCGCCAUUGCCAAGGCCAUGGCGGACCAUGCUCCACCGGGAGAAGCUGUUCUGCAGCGAUCGUCUCUGCUGCAGGAGGAGAUGAACAGUAGCCAACAUGGCUGGGCUCUCAUGGUGACGGAAUCGGAUCCUCAUGUUCUGGCGUGUCUGCUGUGGACCUGGCUGGAGAAGCUCAAGGAGCCUGUUCUUAGUGUUGAAGAUGUAGCCAAGUUAUCUUGUGCAGGAAGCAACAAGCCCCUUGGCGUGCUCAACAAGUCACAGAGACACACCAUUUAUUGUUUGUUGAGCUGUGUGAGCACAUUGACCCGCCUGUGUCCACACAGAGAAGAUGCGGUGUUACAGCGGCUGAUACGGGCGCUAACAAAGAGGCCUCAGGAAGACAUGGGGAGCUUUGCAAAUGUAUUGAAGAUUUUAAAGGUCCAACUUGAGGGCAACUUUUCACAGUAAUUAGCUGACAUGGGGACUGUAGUCCUAAUGCCAAACUUGAACUAUUUGAUCACCAGUCAAUUGUUGGGCACAUACAGACAAAAAAAGCGUGCACACUCACAAUUGACUUGCAUGUUUUUGGGAUGUCGGAGGAAGACAAGAGUAUCCGGAGACCUGAAACCCACAAGGAGAAUAUGCAAAUUUCACUCAGAUUUUCUACAUUUUUGGACUGUAAAAGGCAGAGGUGCAAUAUUUGGAUUUCACUGCUAAAAUGUCAACUCCAUUUAGAUGUUUUCUACAACGUGACAUUGCCAAUGAUGAACAAUAGUGAUGGGUUGAUGAGGUGUCAUGAAGCGUUUCGACAUAUUGCAAAACUGUAUUGAUACUGUGUCACUAAAUACUGACAUCUGCUGGACAUUAAAAAUCCCUACAGGCAACCUAUAUGGACCGACUCAACUGACACUGAUUUUAUGACCUAAUAUAUACAAUAAUAUAAACCAAGUCAUUGUAUUUCAUUUAGGAUUAGUUCAUAUCUUCAUUUAAAUAAAAAUAUAUUUGUAUCUUUUUUAGAUACAGUCAAUAAAAAAUUUGAACAUGUAUCAUAACAUGGAAAUCUAAGAGAAUGUGUUGUGAAUGAGGAGGCUUGUGGACUGGGAUUUUUUUAAAUUAAUUUUUUACACAUUUUUAUUAAAAAAAAAACAGUUUUUCCAACGUAUUCAAUUUUAGACUAUUUCUUUCAUUGAUUGAUUGAGACUUUUAUUAGUAGAUUGCACAGUGAAGUACAUAUUCCGUACAAUUGACCACUAAAUGGUAACACCCCAAUAAGUUUUUCAACUUGUUUAAGUCGGGGUCCCUGAUUCAUGAUAGAUAUAUACUAACAUCAUCAAUCAAUCAAUCAAUGUUUAUUUAUAUAGCCCUAAAUCACAAGUGUCUCAAAGGGCUGCACAAGCCACAACGACAUCCUCGGUACAAAGCCCACAUAAGGGCAAGGAAAAACUCACCCCAGUGGGACGUCGAUGUGAAUGACUAUGAGAAACCUUGGAGAGGACCGCAUAUGUGGGUAACCCCCCCCUCUAGGGGAGACCGAAAGCAAUGGAUGUCGAGUGGGUCUGACAUAAUACUGUGAGAGUCCAGUCCAUAGUGGAUCCAGCAUAAUAGUAAGAGUCCAGUCCAUAGUGGGGCCAGCAGGACACCAUCCCGAGCGGAGACGGGUCAGCAGCGCAGAGAUGUUCCCAGCCGAUAAUACAGUCAUCACACAAGUUAAUCAUCAGAGUAUAUACAUUGAAUUAUUUACAUUAUUUACAAUCCGGGGUGUGGGAUAUAGGGAG